AAACGUUCUAGAUGAAACUGAAACAAAAGUGAAAAUAAGAAGAUCCGAGACAAGAGCAACAUCAACGUAAGAUGCCAGAACCAACUGAUGCGAUGAUAACCACGCCAUUUUACCAGCAACAGCAGUAUGAAGUAUCCAAGUUCCUGAAGAUCAAGCCGUUGGUUUUGGGGAUUUUGGAAAUAUUGAUAGCCUUAUUGGGACUCGGUUUGACUAUCUGGAAUGAGAGUUUUUUCGUUAUCUGGUCACCAAUCAUUUUCAUCAUAAUUGGAGCUAUAACAGUCUCGGCUGCACACACACGUACACCGCGUCUGGUCAAAACCUCUCAAAUGCUCAGCUAUGCAAAUUUUGCAGUAGUUGUUUUCUCCCUCCGCGCUCACUUUAUUUACAUUCGGGUUACUCCAGAUGUGUCCUUCUAUGUCCUUUUCAUCUGUGAUAUUCUGAUCUUCAUCUUCUCUCUUGCUGUUGCUGUAACCUCCUGUUCCUGUUGCUGCGGACCAAAGUCAACCCCUGUCAUGGUCAGUUAUGUGACCACAGAUAUGCCUGUCAACCACAUCAUGCAGAUGGGCCAGCCGGACCCCUCUGCAGAGGCCCAGCCUAUUAGUUCAGUCAUGUACGUGCUGCCAGCAGCACACGGCUCAGUCCCACCUGCGACUCUGCCAAAUUACGGUCACGUCCCCAAUGCAUCUCCACCAAUGUACAGUCCAGUACCAACUACACCUCCAUCCAACUACGACAAAGUCUCUGAUGCACUUCCACCAAAGUACUGUCCAGUCCCAACUGCUUCUCCACCAGCAUAUGAGCAUGAAGAUUUUCAGACCAGAAGAUGAAUAAUAUCUCAGACAAAAAUUGGAAUGUUUGACAUUUACUAAAUUUUUUGUGUAAUGGUGAAUGGAAAACCAAAAAUUAUACUUAUAAGUUUGUAAAUCGAAUGGAUGAGAAACAUGCAUCAGAGUCUUACGUUUUCAUUAUGUUUAAUUCGUUAUGUUUUCCACCAAAUUAUUGUUUU